UGACCGAUCUGUCAUGUCAUCACAUUUGUUUACAUUUUAAAAUAAUGGAGCGGGAUUAAGAGUGCAAAUUUUGUGUUUUAAUUUUUAGUACUUUUAAUUCUUCUAAGCCGUGGCAAAGUUUUAUUCUCAAAUGUAAAUUAACUCUUUAGCUAUGUCUUCAUUACCUUACAUAAGCGAAGUAAUUUGUGCCAGUAGAAAACUAAACUCUGAACGAAGAGAAAUAGACAAUGAAAAACUUAUAAAUGAGCUUCGUUCCCGACCAGGUCUUUGGGAUCAAGGGUCAUAUGAAUAUGGGAAUCGUCUUCAAAAAGUGAAACAUUGGGAAGCUGUUGCUGCAGAACUGAAUCGAUCUGUUACUGAAGUAAAAAGUAGAUGGAAGCUCUUAAAAGAUUCAUUCAACAGGGAGAUAAGGAACAUGGCAAGAGGAGGCCAUAGUACUACAAAGUGGGUACAUUUUGAUCAAAUGUCAUUUCUCAUGAAAGGAACCAACAGUUUAUUACUUCCUAGAGUAAACUUCGAGACAGAAUCAGACAGUGGAUAUCUGUCUCAAUCGAUGUUUGAAGUUGACUCCGAAAGUCAAAAUACUACUUCUAAUAGUGCUGAAAAUGAGCUUUCUGAGAACUCGUAUAUUACUAUUGAAGAUAUUGAAGCAAUCUCCCCAAAAAAGAAAAAGCGUAAAGUGUAUUACACUUCUACAAACAAUAAGGGUGAAUUAUCUAACCCUAUUUGUGCAGAGUCACCUGACGAAAAGCCCUCUUUUCACCUUGAUCCUAGUAAUGAAGAUUAUCUUUUUCUCACAAGUUUAUUGCCUACUCUUGAAAGGUUAUCGGCAAAGAAAAAAAUGCUAUUUAAAAUUAAAUUAAUGCAAAAUCUAUUUGAGGCUGCAUAUGGAGAGGAAACAUCCAAUGCAAAUUGUAGUAAUGAUGAAAAUAUUUCUACUGUUUAGGGAUUUUUAAAAAGUUUUUGAAGACAUGAAAUUAAUCAGUCUAAGUAUGUUUAUGAUUUUUUAUAAAGCUAGAUACAUAGAUAUAUCUAGUAGCACUUUCUCAUCUAUCCGUUGUAGAUGUAAAAAAUUAAUCAUUUGUUUUUGCUAUUAAAUAAUAAAAUUAAUUAAUCAAAGCUGAUAAAUAACUAAGCUGUUAUAAAUCAGACUAUAACAAAUGUAUCUAAGUACAGGUAGGCAAGAAAGCUAAGCAACUCCUAUGCAGUGAAUUCAAAGCACUGAAGUCUGUCUACUCUCAUAAUAAUAGUUCUGUCUUGUAAAAGUCAAAUCCAACUUAUGGAAUAAGAGAUAUUACUUUUUAAUGUAAAAUUUAAUGCUGGUUAAUUAUUAUAUUGAAGAGAAGUGAUGGUGAAGUUGUCUAGGUGCUGAGUUGCAUUGUGUAGGAGCAGGGUUCUAUUCCUGGUGGCAGCUUGAACCCUACAAAGCUUCAGAUUGAUGGGUACUAUCUUGCUGAGAAGUAAAGGCAGCUUAUCCAGAAUGCUGACCACAUUUUUGCAAUAUUGUGGAACUUCAACCUCAAUAGCCCCUGUCGAGCAACAACUCGCUGUUGUGGGAUUGUUUUACAUUAAUUAUUAUAUUAAUUCUAAAUUAUUUAUUAUUAUAAUUUUUAUUGUUCUGAAUUAUUUAUUGUUAUUAAUUUUUUAAUAUUAUAUUAAUUCUAUGUAAAUUUUCCUGUAUUAUCACUUCCUUAAUAAUUCAUGAUCAUUAAUGAAUGAAGAUAAUAAAAAAAAACUAGGAUGUUUGCUUAA